UCAUCACCGCGCGCCGCCGCUCUCCGCCCGGCGCCGCCAUGUCCUUGUGGGUGUCCCGGCUCGGCCGGGCCGCGGCCGCCCGGGGUCGGCGGGGGAGCUCCGGGCCGGGCAGCGCCGCGCUGGGCUCCGCCCUGCCGGGGGAGGCAAGAAUCCAUGCCAGCCCUGAGCAGAGCCUGCAGUAUGGGUGGCUGGCCUAUAUGUUGGGAGAAAGGACCAGCAAGAAGUUCACAGAGCACAGCAAAGUCUUUACAGUAGAGGGGAAUCUGUCUUCUGGGAAGGGCCAGCUGGCCCAGCAAAUAGCAGACAAACUGGGGAUGAAGUACUUCCCCGAGGCAGACAUCCACUACCAGGACAGGAUCUCGGGGGAGGGCAAGCUGCUGCCUGAGAAGUUCAAUGGCUUCUGUAGCCUGGAGAAGUUCUACAUGGACCCCGAGUCUCCCGACGGGCACUCGUACCGCCUGCAGUCCUGGAUCUUCGGGAGCCGAGUCCUGCAGUACGCCGACGCCUUGGAGCACCUGCUCAGCACAGGUCAAGGCGUGGUGCUGGAGCGCUCUCCCUACAGUGACUUCGUGUUCCUGGAUGCCAUGUUAAAGCAGGGAUAUGUCCACAAGAGAUGCCUUGAUCACUACAAAGAGGUCAAGGAGAUCAGCAUUUCUGAGUUGCUGCCACCUCACUUGGUCAUUUAUGUAGAUGUGCCUGUCCCAGAAGUGCAGAAGAGGAUUCAAGAGAAAGGCAAGCCAUAUGAGAAAAAGGUGUCUCCUUCCUAUCUCCAGAGCAUUGAGGAUGCUUACAAGAAGACCUUCCUACCAGAGAUCAGUGAGAGCAGUGAAGUUCUGCAGUACACAGCAACUGCAGCUGAGGAUGUGGAGAAGGUAAUUGAAGACAUUGAGUACCUGAAGUUUGACAAGGGGCCAUGGGUGGAGCAAGAUGAUGUUUCUUUCCAUCACUUGAGACUUUACGUGCAGGACAAGGCUGGAGUGCUGGAUUCCGUGUCCAUCCCGCGCUUCGUCCCCAAGAUCACCAUUGGCGGCUCUGAGUACGACAAGAUCUAUUAUGAGUACCGGGAGCUCCCUGGGCACAAGUACAAGCCAGGCUACAACGCUGAUGUUGGGGACAAGUGGAUCUGGCUGAAAUGAAAUCUGUUCCUGCUGGAGCCCUGGCCAGGAUGGACCACAGGACCUGAGGGAAGAGGAGCCACGUUCAGUGCACCUGCUGCACAUCACUUGUGUAGCACCAAGGAAACACUGCUGAAAUCAUUUCCCGUCCCCAGCAGAAGGGAGUAGACUCCCAGAAGGAAAACCACUUCAUUCUGGUUUGUUUUUCCCUGAGGAACUCAGGGAUGUUGGAUAGUCAGUGUGGGAUAGCCAAGUGAGCUGGGGCAGGCUGAACAUCAGAGCUGAAUUUUCUCUUCCUCGAGACUGUGGCACAUUAUUAUCCAGGAUUAGUGUUGUUCUGCUGAUUCAAGAGGAAUUAAACCUGUACCCUCCUGGCUCUCACAAAGUUAA